AUAAUUGUACGAAGCCCCUUCGUUAAUAAAACUUCCAUUGCACAGAGUUACUCUUUUGUACUCUUGAUUUGUGAAACUGUAGUUAAUUUAAUUGGUAAUUAAUCACAUAAUUAGGAAGGCCACCAGGGCAAGGGAAUGGUGGUGGUAGGAUUUAGCAGCGGUGUGUGGUCUAUAUAGAAAGAAAUACAGGAAGCGAAAACAUCAACAUGACAUUUUUUAUGUGAAAAAGCUCCUUUGUUGUUUACCACUUGAUCAUUCUCCUAAGUCUAACUCAUUGUCUUAACUGUUGCCUUAAUCUCUCAGCUAGCGAGCUAAAAAAUCUAAGUUUGGGAAAGUUAUUAUUAUUACGAGCUAUGCGAGGCCUGCAGAUCUGAUCUUCAUGUUGAUAAUAAUUAAACCUUAAAUAUUUGAGUAAGAAAUUUCUCUAAAUAACUAACUGCCUUCUGUUUACCAUUAACAAAUAUUUUGGUUGGAUUCUCAAGUGGUAAACGUGGCUUGGUUAAAGAACAAUUGAGUAAAAUCAAGGGCAAAGUUGAAUCAAUACCAAUAUCAAGGCCAAUGUCGAUUCGUGGUGAUGAUGGACAUCAAUAGAGACGGUUGUUCUGAAUUUAGAUAGACGAAUAAUUUGUUAACAUCUAAUACGAGAAUAAGAUAUUGGAAGAACGAGUGAAGAUUUUGUAUUAUUAGACUAAAAAAUAAAUUAUGGAGACUUUUGUGCCACCAUCAUGGGACCGUUUCAGGGACUGGAUCCAUUGCGUCGCAGUCGUCACAUUUGACCUAGAGUUGGGACAAACGUUGGAGCUUAUAUAUCCACCACAUAUGAAAUUGUCUGAAAGCGAAAAGACAAAUAUUUGUUAUCUGUCCUUCCCAGAUUCAAAUUCUGGUUGUAUGGGAGACACGCAAUUUCAUUUCCGCAUCCGAUACACUCCGACAAAAUUAGAUUUAGCUGCAACGAAGCAAUUUUAUUUAUCGUAUAAUGUUAAGUGUCCCCCACCCCUGCAAGUGAGUCACAAGUUUCUCAAUGGUUAUGUAUACUUCCGUCAAGUGAAGGAUCCCACUUUAAGGAGAGGAUAUUUUCAAAAGUCCGUCGUGAUUCUUUCGCUAUUUCCUUUUCUGAAUCUUUUCAAUCAAAUGCUGGACGUAUUGGCUCCUGAAUUUUUCGAUAGUGGUCCUAAAGCAAUCGAAAAUGCUUGUACGGAUAUAUAUAGAUGGCCGCCGCCUACACCUGGUCAAACGCUGUCUAUCAAAUUUUUGAAUACACAGAUUCAAAUCUCUGUCCCAUCUCAAAACUCUUUGAGGACUGACUCUCCAACAAGCUCUACGGCUCCAACAACAUUUGAGAAUGAAAAUAAGACUAUGAUGGCGAAUCCCCAUCUAGGGUUACCAAACGUUGUGAUACCGUCGAUAUUUCAACCAGACUUAUUCCUGUGUCUUAGACCAGUUUUAUCACAUCUCCAUUUGUUUUGGGAAUUAAUUUUAACAGCAGAACCUAUUGUUGUAAUGGCACCACUGCCCGAUAUGUGUGCCAACACAGUUUACGCUUUACAAAGUAUGAUAUUUCCACUAAAGUUUUGUGCUGAUUUUCGUCCCUAUUUUACAAUUCAUGACACGGAUUUUAAGGAAUACACCCUAAAAUCUAGCGCUCCACCUCCAGUAGUAUUGGGUGUAACGAAUCCCUUUUUUGCGAAAACCCUUCAGCACUGGCCACAUAUAAUACGAAUGGGUGAUCCUUCAGCUGUCCAAAAUGGAAAAUUGAAAAAGGCAAAUAAUAUCAAACUAUUGGAUUCUCAGCCCGGCGUGUAUACGAGCUACAGGCCGUUCCUUCAAAAGGAUAAGAAUUUGAUUAAGAAAAUACUUUUGGGAAUGCAAUCCCAACGACCAGGAGAAGUUCAGACCAUCAUCCUUCGAAAACAUCUUCGUGAGCUGACGGAAAGUUUCAUGAUUCCGUUGGAAAGAUACUUGGCAAGUUUGAUGCCUUUACAGAAAAAUAUCUGCCCUUGCAAAGCCGCACCAUUGCCAAGACCAUUCAAUCCUGACGAAUUUCUUGCCACAUUAGAAACUUCUGGUCCACAUUUAACGACCGGAAUAAAAGGAGAGUGGGGGAGUUUAUACAAGAAAUUUUUCAGAUCAAUAAACUUUUCCGAGUGGUAUAAUGUGAGGUAUAAGGAAGCGGCAGAAAAACUUCAGGCUUUGCAUUUAGAAAUUUUAUCCGAUUCCGACGUGAAAAGUUGGAUUUCUGGACGCGAUGAGGUGGAAGCUGUUGAUCUGGUUUUACGACUGAGAGAACAAAUUGCUCAAUCGAAUCUCCCUAUUAAACCUGAUGUCAGGGAUAAACUACAAGUGCAUGUUGAUGCUAUUCUGAAGACAUUGCCAGAUGAUUUAAGAAGUGUUCUUCAGGCUAAUUAAUUUUAUAAUCUUGAUAUACGUACCUUGAUCGGUCUUAUGGUCGAUGGAUCAUAUCUGUGGCAUUUACUAUUUUUACAAGAGAAAUAAUAAAUGAAUGCAAUUUUA